AUGGAGCUAAUUCAACGCAGUCAAUCGCCCCUUUCAAGUACACCUACUCCAAAUCCGAAGCCCACAUCAACAGCUCUACCGCCACCAAGCGAGGAUGACGCCGGCCGUGCGAGUAUAAUACAAGCAGCUUACUCCGCCCACGAGAUUUAUUCUCACGCCGAUCUGCACAAGAUCACCGCGUAUGCGCGCGCUCGUGGCAUCCGAAUCAUUCCCGAGAUAGACAUGCCGAGCCACGCGUCCGCGGGCUGGAGGCAAGUGGACCCCGAGAUGGUAACCUGCACGGAUUCGUGGUGGUCAAACGACGUGUGGGAGCUGCAUACCGCUGUCGAGCCGAACCCGGGUCAGCUCGACAUCAUCUACGACGGGACGUACGAGGUGGUGCGGGAUGUCUACAACGAGCUUUCCGACAUUUUCCCCGAUCACUGGUUCCAUGUUGGGGGGGGCGAGAUCCAGCCUAACUGUUUCAACUUCAGCAGCCAUCUACAGCGACCGCCGUCGGCUGAUCAUGUGGGAGAUGUCGUCCUGUCCGCAGAGCAUGCGCAUGAGGUGCCCAAGGACAUUGUGAUGCAGAGCUGGAACAAUGGCCUGGAGUACAUCUCCAAUUUGACAGCCCGGGGAUACGACGUGAUUGUCUCCUCGGCCGAUUUCAUGUACCUCGACUGCGGGCACGGUGGCUGGGUGACUAACGACCCUCGGUACAACGUGAUGAACAACCCAGACGCGAACACACCCAACUCCAACUACUUGGGAAAUGGAGGAUCGUGGUGCGCCCCGUACAAGGCGUGGCAGCGCAUCUACAACUACGACUUCACCCUCAAUCUCACUGAUGCGCAGGCGAAGCAUAUUAUCGGGGCCACGGCGCCCCUAUGGACGGAGCAGGCCGACGACGUGACCGUUUCCAGCCUCCUUUGGCCACGCGCGGCGGCGCUGGCGGAGCUGGUGUGGUCUGGCAACCGGGAUGCGAAGGGUCGGAAGCGCACGACUGAAAUGACGCAGCGCAUUAUCAAUUUCCGCGAGUAUCUCGUUGCGAAUGGGAUUAUGGCAACUGUUUUGGUGCCCAAAUACUGUCUUCAGCAUCCUCACGCGUGCGACCUGUACCAGAACCAGACAGCCAUCAAGUAG